GCUGGAUAGUCCGCUUCGUGGGAAUUCUGUAUUCUGUAUUCUGUAAUAAUAUCGACCCUCUCUGGCCUUCCUCAUCACCCCGUACUCUAGACUAGACAACCCUCGACUCCAUAUCACCCGCAGCGGCAGAUCGUCCACCCGAGCAAGGGGAAAUCCAGACGGACGGCGUGGGAAGCACCACCACCAGCGCGCAGGGAAAAAAAGACAGACUCGACAUGCUUUUCUGGUCAUUUUUUUUCCCUGGUGGAGGAUCCGUCAUAUUAACAGAUCGGGACUAGGCGCUCUGGGGACGUGGACGGGAUUCCUGGGCGGAUGGAUACGCGGUGUCUUGUAGUAGUUUACUACCGCUGCUACGGCUUUCUCUUCUCUCUCUUCUCUUCUCUUCCUCUCCUCUCCAUUUCCCUUCUUCUUCUUCUUCUUCUUCUUUUCCUCGAUUACUACGCAUCCUCGCCCGGGCGUUUCUCUCCCCAUCUUGACUUUCUCGCACCCACGGGCCUGGACGGACGGGUGGAUCUCUCUCUGCGCUUCUUUGCUGCCUCUGGUCGCCGCCGCGGCGACCAUUGUAGUUUCUCCCACUACUUCUCUUUCUCUCUCUCUCUCUCCCCAUCUCUCUCUCUUUCUCACACUUCUUCCCCCCCUACACUUCCCUCUGCCAUUCCUCAUUUGACGCCAUAUUUCGCCUUCCUUCUCUCCUCCCUCUUCCUUCUCCCUUUCACUCCCGCCAACAUUGUUCCUCCCCUACUCCCCGUUUGGGUCUCGUGCCCUCGAGUCUCCCAGGACAUACAGCCACUCCCUGGACUGUUUGAUGUUCCUGUGCCCGGCUGACUUUACUACGGCCGCUUGGCUACUCACACCCGGGACUUGUCCUCUUCUGGUAGUUCGCGCCUCAAACUCUCGUCACUCCCUCCGGGCAGCACUUUGAUAUUCCGAUAUCAACGCUUCCCACGCGGACAACGCGGGCCGCAGACCUAGAAAAUCUGCGGGCUCUUCCCCCGUCCACGCUCUCCCAGGAGGAUCUGCUGGCUGCAC